AUGCUCUUCUUCAGUUUCUUCAAAACCCUUAUCGACCACGAGGUGACCGUCGAGCUCAAAAACGACAUCCGCAUCCGCGGCGUCCUCAAGAGCGUCGACCAAUACCUCAACAUCAAGCUCGACAACAUCCAGGUGGUGGAUGAGCUCAAGUAUCCUCACUUGAGCGCUGUCAAGAAUGUCUUUAUCAGAGGCUCGGUCGUGAGAUAUGUCCAUCUGCCUUCUCAGUCGGUGGAUAUUGACUUGCUGGAGGAUGCUACGAGGAGAGAGGCGGCAAACCAAGCUGUGAAGGCGAAGUGA